UCUCAUUUUUACUUUCUAUAAUUGUCCCUCAGCAUCCCUUCUUCUUCUCAUCUUUUUUUUCUUCAUCUCAUCGCAUUCAAUUUCUUUUUCUUGGGUAUCCAUGCUUCAACAUCUUAUCAGAGCAUGGAUCAUUGCAUGGUUUUGUAUCUCGGCAACGGCUUUGACGAUUCCAGCGCGGAGAACGGAUUCAUCUAAUACCAUUCGAUUAUCGCUCACGGCUGAAACGGCAACGAAUACUCGAUCAAACCGAUUCCAUCGAAGAAACCAAGCUCAUCCAUAUACCAUCCCAUUGCAUGAUCAGCAUCACGUCGAAUACCUUGCCAACAUUAGCGUCGGCACGCCCUCACAAUACUUUAUGGUUUCCGUGGACACUGGAAGUGCUGAUUUAUGGGUUCCUUUUACGGAUUGUCCACAAGAACAAUGCCCAUUUACGCGGUUCACCUCGGCGAAGUCCAGCACGUAUAGAGAUUUGAAUAUAACAUUCGAGGUUCAGUACGGUUCAGGCUCCGCCAGCGGGAAAUAUGCGACGGAUGUUGUGUCCAUGGGCAAUGCCACUAUCCCCAAACAGCAAUUGGGUAUGGUAAACGACACGGACAAAAUUGUUCCUCUAGGAUCGUAUGCCAGAACCAUUGCACUCACUGGCGGUUUGGCGCCGAAUGGUGUGAUGGGAUUUGCAUUUCCUGGAUUAACGUGUGUGCCAAAAGGCACACCUUCGUAUAAUCCCUUCAUUUUUAAUCUUAUCCAGGAAAAUCUUAUCUCCGAGCCAUUGUUUUCGUUAUCCUUCUAUGAUGCAUUGGGGAGCUCGAAUGCGGAAUUAAUGAUGGGAGGCAUCGAUAAAUCCCGCUACUUGGGAUCGAUCUCUUAUGUUCCCGUGACCCAGCUUGUGGGCUCGUACAAUCCAAACGAGGCCUACGGAUAUUGGAUGGUCAACGGCCAGGGCGUCAGCAUUAUUGAUACAUUUCCCAAUGGCACCAGUCUCCUGCACGAUCAACGAUUUCCUUACGUCCGUGGAAUCAUUUUCGACACGGGGACGACGCUAACGUACAUGGAUCGUGAUCUAGCCGAUUCUCUAAUGAAAAACCUAAACAUCGACUUCCACUUUGAUGACGACGUCGGAUUGUACGCUGUGGAUUGUGCGAUACGAAAUUCGACACAACAGGUGGAGUUUCAGGUAUCCGAUCGCGCCAACAUUUCCACCACACCCGUUCAUAUCCGAAUCAACGUCCGUCAACUAUUUUUGCCAUCGAAGCCAUCAACGAAAGAUGAAGAUGAAACCUGUUAUUUCAGUAUUGCAGCCUGGCCCGAAGAUAAAAGCUCUUCAACCAUUUUACUCGGCAAUUCGUUAUUGAGGUAUUUAUACCUCGUAUUCGAUAUGGGAAACAAACGCGUUGGAAUUGCCACUCCUCCUGGAGUACAAGGAGGCAUCAUCAUACCCACUACUCUCAUGUCAUUAUUUCCAUAGAAUCAUUCUGCUUUCUUUUUUCGUCACAGUUGUUACUGUUAGAAAUGUAAUUAAAUUUGUUCUGGUGCAGUUAACGUGUUGAUUUGCGAUUGCCAAAUCGAAUGAUUCCAUGCAGUGCGAAAAGCGCAAAGAGGUCUGUAAUCAAAGAAAUCGACAUCGCGAUACCCCGCAUCAACCACAGCUUUGCAAAUACGCAUAUAAAUAUAAGAGAUGUCGCAGUACAAAGAUUGCAAGUUCUUCAUUGAAAAACACAA